GAAAAGAACAUUUUAGCAGUAGGUUUUAGGUCGCACACGUUUUUUUCGUUUUGCUCUGCUGCUCCAGUCUGGCGACGCUAUAUAUAAUAUUAUAAAAGUCCUUCACAUGUUUAUACGUUCCUAUAUGCAGGCACCGCAUGACGUGCGUUACGAUUUUUCAAGGUCUUUUUCCUAAACACCGCAAUAGUCGGAGAGUGCGUGUUUUGGUUUUUACGAAAACAAGAUGAAUGGAAAACUUAGGUGUCACGUGAUAUGUCUUAUAACUGUGUCCUAGUUAUACGUUAGUUUAUGUUAUCCCUUAAAUUGUCCGUAUCGUCUGCUCAUUCAUCCAUGACAAAUUUACACGGAUGCACGGAAGCUUUUGUCAGUAUCUUCUUCCAGAUCGGUGUUCGCAGGAGGCAACGGUGGACCAGGGUUAUCAUAUGAAGCGUUAACCGAAAGGAAACCAAUCAAAACAGAACAGGAUUUUCUUCUUUUAUAUAAUCUUUUCGGACGUUGACCGAAAGACCUAGCUAUUUGAAUAUUUAUCAACUGGAAACCCAGUUGUCCGAAUUUCAGAAAAUCCAGAAGAAAGUUGCUCAAUGGCAUGAUGUCUGGUAAUCAGGCGGGGGACUCCGGAUCAACACAGAGUGAUUCACCAGCUCUGGAUCGCGGGGAUUCGCGGGAAACAAGACCUAAGUUAAGUCUUAAACUGACAUGUAAUAACGUUUCCAACAAUGAGCGAGAGACUGUGAGUACCGUGGAUUCCGAACUUUCGGCGAUGAUUCCUGAAGUUCCAAGCAGAGAUUUAGAAAUGGGUCGUCCAAGAAGUGAGACUAUGCCAAGCGUCGUGUCAGAGGAUGUUUUUCUGUUGGACUCUCCGCUGCCUUCCACACCUUGUAGUAUUCUGAAACCAACCAAGGAUAACAUCGUCAAGGACCCUCUGCUCGAAAGUCUCUCGAUUCAUCUUAGCGGCCUUUAUGCCAUGCUGCUCGUUAUCAUUGGUGCAGUUAUUCCUGUAUCAGAACCGUUUACCUUAGAGAGAAGGCCUUACCUAUUCCAGGGUUUCUACGUUUACCUGUAUUUUGGAAGUCUUUCCUUCUUACUGUUCAUGUUCAUACAUGUGCUGAGGAAAACGCAUAUUUAUGCUCCAUGUCUGAAAUCUCAAUGCGAGGACGCUAACCCUGAUUUACACCGGAACUCGUUCCACCAGAACUUCUCAAUCGAUGAUUCGCCGCACUCGCAUACCGGAAGUUUCUACCUCAGACUUGGAGCUGUAGCGUUUGGCAUUGGCAGCAUGAUAAAGAGUGGCCUAAUGUUUGGAUGUUAUAUAGAAUCAAACCUCCAACAGUUUUGCAAAGAGGCCAUCUACGGCAUACGUCCUGUUGCUCACUUUAUGUUUACCUUUAGUCAGCUCUAUUUCGUCUUCCUCCACUCCAAGGUUUGUGUUCAUAGCUGCAAGGUGGUGUCGCGGUUUGGCUUUAUGCACAUGGUGGCCACCAACCUGUGUGUGUGGGUUGGAAACAUCGUGGAGGAGACUCUGUCUGCGAUUCGUGAGAGCGAUCUGAUGGAGAAGGAGGCCAUCAUGGCAUCGUCCUUGAAGACGAACGUGUCCUUAGUUCUGCUGAAAAACACCUCACAUGUAGGAGCGCAGACAGUGCUCACGUCUCUACAUACAGCGACACUGCUAGUCCUGGAGUGUGAAAGAGGAUCGAUAAUGCAACGUGUGGUCAAUCAGUCGGCUUCCUACCUCUACCCGUGUAGCAUUGAAUACAGUCUCAUAUGUGCAGGCAUUCUGUACAUCAUGUGGCAAAAUAUCGGCAAGAAAGGCAUUAGUUACGACCAGGAAGAAGCUAAAGUUAAAGCGAAGAGGCUGAACCUCGAUUGUACAGGCUCCAGUCGAGGUCUGUUCUUGGGUAUCCUCGUCCUCGUCGCCGUCAUCAUCACCGUCGUCGUCUUCUUCGUCCUGGGUCGGUCUGAGAACGGCCACGAGGCUGCCGUCAUGCUGGAGCACCUGUCUGAAAUCGUCAUCUACGUCAUCACGUCGGUGACCGUCAUCAUAGCCUUCUACAAGAUGCACGGGUUGCGGUUCUUGCCGGGAAUUGGGAUGGAUCUGGAGCAGAACUUGAUUGUUGUCGCCCUUGCCGGAAUAUACAUAUUUUCCAUACUCAGUAUCAUUGCAGGGUCUUUUCUUUCGGGAAAGAUACAGAGUGUGCUCAUUAUCGUAUCCAGCGUACUGCGCAUGUUCCAGGCAACAGUUCAGACGAUUUUUAUGUUGAAUUCCUUACGGCGAUGUGCGCACCUCAGACAGCAGGAGAAACAGAAACCAGGAAGGGAGUUUGUGACGUUUCUGUUGAUGGUUAACAUUGCAAUGUGGAUCAUCAACACUUUCGAAGUGCAGCAGGCUGAAGCAAAUCCAAUUCAAAUAGACUUCUAUGGAGUACUUUCUUGGAACAUCUUUACGCAUCUUUCGAGCCCGCUCGCUAUUUUCUAUCGCUUCCAUUCGACAGUGUGUCUGUCAAACAUUUGGAAGCAUGCGUGGAAACGAAAAAGGGCUUAAAGGGGCUGCUUCAAAGUUACAUGAUGCCCAAAAUUAUUUAUUAAGUUUAGUUUUGAAAUGCAAAGAUUGUGCCUUGAAAUCAAUACCAAAUAACAUUGUUUAACAUUAAUAAAAACAUAACUAUUUCAUUGGCAAAUCUAGAGAGGGUGAUAGGCAGGCUAAACGUUUCAUGUUACAGAAUUUACCGCAUACCUGUAUUUGACAGCAGCUUGGUUGCAGUUUUAAUGCAUAAUGAAUAUGUGGCGUUUGGUUUUCUGUUUGGUAUUUACUCCUAAUUCUUGAUAAGUCAUUGUUUAAGCCGAGUGGCAGCCAGUGAUGUUCCAGUUGAUCUAUCAGUGUGACAAUCGAUUAUGAAAAUGCUUAAUCGAUUUUCGAAAAACGAUAUUUACUAUAUUGGUACUACAGAAUAUAAUUUUGUUUAAAUAUGCUGGGAUUUGUGUCUAUUUUCAUGCGUAAAGAUGAUAAUAAACAAAACCGAUACUGAGUAGGUACUAACGGUAAAAUCAGCGAUUUCUAAUUGUAGUCUAGCCCAGGAAAGAUUAUAAUUCCAAUCUUUCGUAAAAUCAUAUAAUUAUAUUCAAUUGUAUAAUCGAAAGUUGAUCGGUUAGAGCAAACUGGUUAUGGCCGAUCAUCAACGAUGAAAUUCAAACUGAUUUUCAACAUAAGUGGUAGCUCAUUAUAAUAUCGAUAUUCUCAGUUAAUUAUUCAAAUAUCAUUCGUGGGAUAGGGAGCUAAAUACGAAAUAAAAUGUCAGAAGUAUUAUAUAAUAAUUGUACAAUAUAUGACAUUUGUCUAUGUUUGUAUUCGGAUUUCCUUUUCUAUUUACUGAUUUUUAAAUUAUUUGGGGGGGGGGGGUCUCUUCGGUUUUGUUGUUGUUUUGGGGGUUUUUAGAGCAGAGGGGUUUUGUUUUGUUUUGUUUUGUUGUUGUUGUUGUUUUCUUUUAUGGACUUCCAGCAAAAACAUUUGUAAUUCUAAUAUUCAUAUUUUAUUAAUAGAUGACAGAAUGUUGCAUUUGGAAUUUGAAAUAUUCUAUCGAGAUCAUGUUUUCAUUGAUCAUAACGGGUUAUGAUUCAGACUUUGUAUGACUAAUUUGUAAAAGAUUUGACAUAUUCACACACUUAGUGAUUGUCUGAAUGGUAUACAAAUACACGAUUAACCUAAAAUUAUUAUAUCUUUCUUUUAUUACAGACUCAAGCUAGGUCAUUUAGUCAGUUAGUACUUGGAAGAGCAUAAUUUGUAUAAAGAGCGGGUUAGUGUUUCUAAUUAUAUUAUUGGGACAGUGUACCUUCAAUGGUAUGUGCAUAAUAAUCUAAAGAUGUGUUAUUUAGUUUAAUUUUACACUGUAAUAGAAAGUGUAUGUAAUGAACCGGUUGCAAAUUAAAACUAUAUCAAUAUUUUAUAUGUACAUAAUAAUAAUCUAAAUAUCGGUUGUUUUGCUUAUUUAUACACUGAGAUAGAACGAAUUAGUUGUGUAAUGAAACGGUUGCUAAGCACACUAUUCAAUGGUAUUUCUUCCUCACCCUCAUUAUUUUUUAUAACACACUCUAAUAACGCACAUACGAGUGAUAACAAUUUAAGACAUACGUCGUGGCUGUUCCUAGGUGAUGACCAGGUCACCACUGCCAUACCAUCCAAUGAAAACAAGACACCACACAAUCGAAAUGAAUUGCUCUGUAACGUCAACGUUAACCUGAAACUGAUUUCUCUGUGACGCAUAACUUAUCUACAAGCUCUAGAGAUUAGUUUAAAAAUACGUUUAAAUGUAUUUUAAACGUGUUUUUUACGAUAUGUAAGAAAUAGAAUAAUACAUUCCUGUCCCCUAUAUACCAUUUAUUUCACAACGCGUUUAAAAAUGUAUCUAACUCGAUUUCGAUCGUUAGGUACGUUUUUUUAAAACCAACUCGUAAGAUAUAUGGUAUUUAACGGCCAUGCAUGUAGUAUUCUCUCUAAUUAUGUAUUAUAAUCUAAAAUGUUUAAACUCAGGGACUGUUCCAGAGUGGCUUACAUAUUAUUUAGGCCUAAAACAAAAUUAUAUGUUUCAGGGAAAAUGCAAACAAAAGGUACGGUAGGUAGAUUUUUUUUCCUUCUUCUUUUACUACCUAAUUCUUAAUUUUAAAAAUUUGAAUCUGUCGCUGUCAUGUGGCACGAUAUACACGUGCAUGUUUGUUAAUUAGAUUACUUCAGUCCAGGUUUUUGUUACAUCGUUUAUACUAUACAUGUACAUAACUUCCAAAUAGACGAUGUGUAUUAUUGUGCUGGGGUGUCGUUAAACAUGCAUUCAUUCAUUCCAAGUGUCUGAUAUCAAAUAGAGGAUGUGUAUUAUUGUGCUGGGGUGUCGUUAAACAUGCAUUCAUUCAUUCCAAGUGUCUGAUAUCCAAUAGCCGAUGAUUAAUAAAUCAGUGCGCUCUGGUUGUGUUGUUAAACAAAACAAACGUCAACUUCCAAAUGAGCGCUAUAUAUCGGUAUUUCGCGUAUAACGUUACACAGUGCAAAACUCUAGUGCUCGCUAGAUUGCAUAUAGUGCUAGACUGAUUGUAUAUAAUCUGUGUAUUUUUAAAAAUUGAAUUGAUGAUGUAAUAUCACGAUUAUGGCAUAGCUGUGAGACCGAUACGACAUUUUAUAGAGAACAAUAAAUAAAUAUCGACCUCGGCCCAUAAAACCUCCCAUAAAACAUCGUAUUUUAUUAUCGGUCUCAUCACUGUGCCAUAAUUACUUAUUAUUGUAUAAUUUCUAAAGAAUCUGUAUACAUACAUUUUAUAUGGAGAGUAUUUACAGUUGUUAUUAUUACUCGGGGAGGAAUUAAUAUGGUUUUAGAUAUUGACAUACAUGUAUGUUUGCUUUGGCCAAAAUAAACCAUUAUUCCAUG